AUUUUACUGUAAAUUUGAUUUUAAAGCACCGUGUUAGCCUGAGAAUGAUGAGGUCUUUGUUUAAUAGUUAACUAAUUUUAAAAUAAUUUAUAAUAGCAUCCCAAAAAAAAAAACUAGAUUCAGAACAAAUAGGCUCUAAAUUAUUAUUUUUUUUAAUGUAGCUGAUGUUUGUGUCAGAGAAGCAGUGAGCAGUUGCAUUGAAAAUAAUGACAUUUAUAAUAUAACUAUGAGUCAGUUCCAAGGUGUAACUGGGGCACAGGUCAGGUGGCAGCCUGUGCGUUGACCCCGUCAGUCCUUGAUAGACUGGUACGGCCUGAGUUAAUGGCUCAGGGGCUUAAAUAGGAGGGUAAAAGCUGAGUGGGCCGUGUGCUGGUGACAUCCUGGAUAAACAGUUGACUGAGGUUGAGCACGGAGUGAAGUUGUUCAUGAUCUCUGGAGCUUUUUUUCAACGAUACGUCUUUUUUCACCAUGUUUCAUGCUGACGAGAUGAUCGCAAACAGUGCUUGCUCUGGUCACAAGGAUCAGCAUCCGCACACCAUCCUCUACAACAUCUUGAGCCGGAGGGACAGCGACCGCCUCAAUGGCAAAAGGAACUCUUAUUUCGUAGUACACAACUGCCUCUGUAAGCAGAGGAAGGUUUGCCUGAAGGACCCGAAGGCCACCUGCCAAGUUGCCGCCGGUGUGCUGAUCAAAAGCGUCUGCUUCAUGAGAAGUUUGCCAUGCUUCAAUCAGCUUCCACCCGGCGACCAGUCAUCACUGUUAAGACACGGCUGGGUUCCUCUAUUUCUUCUGGGCCUCGCACAGGAGAGGACGGUGUUCGAAGUGACUGAUGCACCAAACUCAAGCAUCCUCCGCCGGAUUCUGCUCAGGCCGGGACUUUCCGAAAAGGAGGCCGACCAGCCGACUCUCGCCGGAGUCCACAGACUGAGAGCUUGCUUGCGUCAGCUGCGGGAUCUGGAUCUCAGUCCGAAGGAGUAUGCUUACCUGAGGGGCGCCGUGCUGUUCAACCCAGUUGUCCACGGGUUGAGCGCUACAUGGUGUAUCGAGGGUCUCCAACAGGAAGCGCAGAGGGCUCUCCAAGAGGUCGUCGGCCUCCUGCACCCGGAUGACGCCGGCCGCUUCAGACACAUCCUUCUAGUGGCCUCCGCUACUCAGAAUGUGAGCCACGACUUGGUCGCGCAGCUCUUCUUCAAGCCACUUAUUGGCAACGCAAACAUCAUACAUUUGUUGACAGACAUGCUUAUUUGUCCAAUGAGAAUUACGGAGAAUGUGUUGACUUUUAUACUAGAAUAAAAUGCACAUGAAAUAAACCUUUCAAAGCCA